AAUUUCAAGGUACACAAUUUACCGCAAAAGGGCGUGGAUAUUUAUCAAGCGGUAAUUAAUUGGAACGUUGCGCAAUUAUAUUGUUCACUUUUCCCAGGAAUCAGGAUUGAUAGCGUUUUACUAAUCGUAUAAUCGUUGCCUUCUGUGUUCGUUCGAAGAAUAGACAGAAUUUAAGUUGAAAAAAAGCGCAGGUUUUUGUCGAUUUAUUUCGAUAGCAGCUUUUUAAUAUUUUUUUUUUUUUAAUUUCAGCGACGGAAAAUUUCAUUGGGAAAUAUUCCUAUCGGUGACAGCGACCGGAAAAACAAGAGCAAUUAAUCGUUCGAAAUAUUUUUCAAAUAUUAUCGAGUUCAUCUACAUCACUAUAUUUUGGCGACAAUAAAAUUAUAGUAUGUUGUCGUUAUUCGCCAGACUCUGUAAAACUAUUUUUACCUCGACAUUGCCAAUUCUCCGGCGCACAACUCGACGUUGUUGCUCAUGAUAGUGAUCAUUUCAUUUAAUUUCGCAAAUAUUUUUGCAAUAUUGUUACAUUUUAUAAUUUUCAUUUCACUUCAAACAUUGCUUAAAGGUUGAAACCGGUACCGGAAACCCAAGAUUUUGACAAAUUGAAUCAUCGCAUAGCAAAGAGUAGGUAAAUCACAUUUUCCCAAUGAAAAGUUUCCUGGUUUUAUAUGGCAUCGUUCUUUGGAUGAUUUCAACGACAAGUUGCGGGUUGUUCGAGACAUUAACUAACGUUGAUUUAUUGGUAUGGCCGACGAUCAAGGGCCAUGUCGAAGCUGGCAAUAUAACUCUCUUCAAAAUAAUUGAUCUACAGUCGCUUGAUAUAAGUUUGUCUUCGAAGUGGGGCGACGCUGAUUUAUAUGUAUCUAACAGUAAUCAAUUACCGACGUACGAACCAAAUUCAUACAUUCUUCACUCUGCAACUUGCGGUAUCGAUAGAGUUCAUGUUCAUAGACGUAUAAAAAGACCUAUCUACGUUUCGGUUUACGGUCAUCCGUCGUACAAAGUUUCCGUUUAUGAAUUGAGCAUCAUCGACAGGCCAAGUACUCAGGAUGAUGAUAUUGAUUUCGAGUUAUUGGACGUGAGCGAAUAUUCGCCUUCAGCUUCAUUCUACAUCGAAAGAACGUGAAGUUGAGAUACUCGUAGUUGAACUUUGAAGACUGAAGUUAUACCUAUCAUUUCAAUUUUUUUAUUCAGUAGACAAUGUUACAUUAAUCAAUAAUAAUUAUCUACAAUAUUGUCAA